UGGCGGACUUAUGUAUUGUAAUUUUUAUUUGUAAUAUUUUUUGCUCAAAAUAAUUGUCGUAUCGCAGUCUUCGCCGCUAAAUGAUACACUUGCAAUCCACUUUUUAUAGUGGGUGAUUAGCAAAACAUUCGUAUAACUUGUGUGGUAACCGCAACCAUAUUACCAAUACAAUGACCUCGACUGGAAAUUCAAGCUUGUGCGCUGCCCGACGAAAAGCAGUAUCAACUUGCGUUGCUGCUUUGUGCUGCGACGUCGGUUUUCAUGAAGCCGAUAAAAUAGCAUUGGAGACACUGACAGAGAUGAUACAAAGCUAUAUAACUGAAUUGGGAAGAAGUGCACAGACAUACUGUGAACUAUCUGGGCGCACUGAACCAAUGUUAAAUGAUGUUGCAGUUUCUUUGAUAGAAAUGGGUACAGAUUUGGCUGCAUUAACGAUGCAUGCUAAGAAAUCACAAAGAGUUUUAAUUCAACCUCAGGAACAGAUGCGGCCUCCAGUUACACCUAGAAUACUACAAGCUGGUGAAAAGAAACCUCAUCCCUCUCAUAUACCGGACUAUUUACCAUCGUUUCCUGAUCCACAUACAUAUAUCAAAACACCAAGCUACAGAAGACCUGAGACUGAAUACCAGGCAAUCAGAGAACAAGCUGCAUCUCAACGAAGGGAUGUUGAAAGAGCAUUGACUAGAUUUGUAGCAAAGACUGGAGAAACUCAUACAUUGUUUCCAGAUGAUAGUAGUAUGUUCCCCUUAAUAGCGUGUACACCACCAAUAGUACCAUAUCUAGAUGCAUUGCUUCCACCAGAACAUGAGUCUGAUUCCAUGGAUGAUGAUCCCAGUGAACAAACAGACUCUGAUAAACAAACCGAUUCACAAGAUAAUGAUACACAAGAUGAGAAGGAAAACAAAGAAGAUAACAAUAGCCAAAACAAUGUAGAUGGCAGUCAGUCAUCAUCACAACAAAAUACUGAAAGAACUGAAGCUGUUAUUGACAAUCCGUAUCUUAGACCAGUUAAAAAACCUAAAGUCAGGAGGAAAUUGAAGUAAUUAUGAAAGCAGUCACUGCCUCCUUUGUAAUUAUUAAUAAAAUAUGUUGUAUAUAUCUUGUGCAUGCGGGGACUUGUGUUCUAAGUAAAAUUGUGCACAAUACAUCAUGUUAUACAUUUUGCCUGAAAAGCAAUCGUUAAAAAACAAAAUGCUAUUUUGAAUAUGAUCUGGCUUUGAUUGACGAUGACCACCAAAAUGAAUAUUCAUUGACACUCUGCAUUGCAAGAAGGCGUGAAUUUUGCGAUUUCGCAGUAUCAAUCCUGCCAACUAGACGUACACUAUUCUAUGAGGCAUUAGAGGAGCCUGAUGCCGUUCGGUCGACGGGGACGCCAUUCACACCUACAUGUCAGGCUAAUACCAAGCACAUUUCACAUGAAAUAAGGUUCUUGAAUAGCAGUAAUAGCAUUUUUAGCAAUAAAAUGGCUGCCUUUUGAAUUUGAUCAUGAAACAAA